AGUCAGUUCCGCGGGGCUCAGCUCAAAGUGCACCGGGAUUGCGGCCGCAGCCUCCGCGGAAAGCGUGCCUCGGAAGGCAACUUUGUCGGGAGAGAAAGGGGUCUAGGCGCCCAUCCGUCCCCCGCUCCCUUUGCGCAAAGCACCCACGCUGCAAACUUUCCCGUUUGCGCGACGGAAGGAUUCGCACUCACGGCCCCAGGAAGUCCUGGAUGUGUCGCUGGCAGUGCUCCAGGUAAGCCCCGCCGUGCAGCGUCGAGUUGGAGACCAGCAGCAGCCGCCGAUGCUUCGCCAUCUGCGCAGCCGCUCGAACCCAGCCAGGCGGCGGGAGGCGCAAAGAAGCCAGGCCGGCCGGGGCGCAAAUCCGCCUUCUCUUCCUCCUCCUCGGCUCGAUUGCUCUCGCCUCCUGGGGGGCGGCCCCAUCGCCGCCCCACCCCGCCAAGGAGGAGGAAGCCCCACCUCGGGACGUGGCCGAGAAGCAGCGGCGGCGGCAGCAUGCUGGACUUCGUCAUCUUCGCCGCCACCUUCUUGCUCCUCCUGGUGGGCGCCGUCCUCUACCUCUACCCGGCUUCCAGGCAGGCUUCUGGUAUCCCAGGACUGACUCCGACUGAUGAAAAAGAUGGGAACCUCCCAGAUAUCGUUACCAGCGGCAGCUUGCACGAGUUCCUGGUGAACCUCCACGAGAAGUAUGGCCCAGUUGUCUCCUACUGGUUUGGGCGGCACCUGGUCAUCAGCCUGGGGUCCAUCGACGUCCUGAAGCAGCACAUCAACCCCAACAGGACGUCGGAUCCUUUUGAAACGAUGCUGAAGUCCUUGCUGCGGUAUCAGUCGGGCCUCGGCGGAGAUAUGGGCGAGAGCUGCCUGAGGAAAAAGCUGUAUGAAACUGGAGUGGCCAAGUCACUGCAGAGUAACUUUCCAACCAUCCAGAAGCUGUCGGAAGAACUGCUAGCCAAGUGGCUGUCCAUCCCAGAGUCCCAGCACGUGCCUCUCAGCCAGCACAUGUUGGGGUUUGCGAUGAAAGUGGUGACCCAGAUCGCGAUGGGCAGUCGGUUUGAAGAUGACCAGGAAGUAAUCCGAUUCCGCAAGAACCACGAUGCGAUAUGGGCAGAAAUUGGGAAGGGGUUCUUGGACGGGUCGCUUGACAAAAGCGUGACCAGAAAAAAGAUGUAUGAAAGCGCUCUGAUGGAGAUGGAGCUGGUCUUGAAGAAAGUCAUCAAAGAGCGGCAGGGCAAGAACUUUAAUCGGCAUAUCUUCAUCGACUCUUUGCUACAGGGCAACCAGAGCGACAAGCAGGUAUUGGAAGACACAAUGAUAUUCUCCCUGGCAGGGUCUAUAAUCACUGCCAAGUUGUGCACUUGGGCAGUGUACUUCUUGACUACUUCCAAAGAAGUUCAGCAGAAGCUUUACAAAGAGCUGGACCAAAUUCUCGGAAAGGGACCCAUCACGUAUGCGAAAAUCGAGCAGCUCAGAUACUGCCGGCAGGUCCUGUGUGAGACGGUGAGGACCUCGAAGCUGACGCCCAUCGCUGCCCGGCUGCAGGAGCUCGAGGGCAAGGUUGACCAGCACGUUAUUCCAAAAGAGACCCUGGUGCUGUAUGCCCUCGGUGUGGUGCUGCAGGACAGCUCAGCCUGGCCGUUGCCUUACAAGUUUGAUCCAGACAGAUUCAACGAUGAAACUGCCAUGAAAAAUCUUUCUCUCUUGGGCUUUUCAGGGAGCCAGGAGUGCCCCGAGCUGAGGUUUGCCUAUAUGGUAGCUACCGUAUUGCUGAGUGCAGUGGUGAGGAAACUGCACCUGCAGCCCGUGGAAGGACAAGUUAUAGACAUCAAAUAUGAGCUAGUCACCUCACCCAAGGAGGAAGCGUGGAUAACUGUGUCCAAGAGAAACUGAGGCAAAAAGGGAAACCCGUUCUCACAAGAAGAGCCCCCUGGCCCCACUCCCUGCCUUCCAGCAGCUUCGUCAUUCUAAAUCCACUUCAGUCAUUUUCCCUCUUCCUUUGACAAUGAGAGAAGAUUACCUUUUGCUGCGAAUGUGACUCUGUGAAGACGGAAGUCAUGCGGGAGGAGAAUACUGUAGGCUAGAAAAAAUUGUAGACCGUCCAUUCUGCCCCUCCCCCACUCCCAUUCCUCCUGAUUUGGAAGCCUUUAACCUCUGUUGAGUGUCCCGUUGUGGUAGAAGAACUCUGCACGUGCACCAAGGAACUCUCUUUGGAAGGCCCUUUUUUAUGGCUCAGGUGAAUGCCUGGACAGGAACAUGCAUUUGAGGGCUAGAUCCCAAUGAGCUUACAGAAAAUAAAGGCUUCACACUGUCCUUUUGCCAAGCGAGGGCAGAGAUAUGAAGCACAUUUUUCAGGAACGACGGUGUGAAACCCGGCAGCUCUCCCCCCCUUGCCCUCUUUCUCACUCGGUCUCGUUGCCCUGCUGUGAUGGAGAAAGUGAAUGUUACAGGCUGUGGAACAAAAGUGGAUAAAUCUAUAGAUGAGUGUGUGCUUUCUAAAGCUCGUAUUUAAUUACCAACGGAGAUGGAGAUGACAGCAAUGAAGAUCCUGUGAAUUUAGGGGGAGGUAUUUGUGAGUUUCCUGCAUUGCGCAGGGGGUUGAACUAGGUGACCCUGGGGGUCCCUUCCAACUCUGAUUCUAUGUUUUACCUACCAGUUGGUGUUCGUAAUCAGAUCUUUAAUCCAAUCAAUAUUGGGCACGGCUGAGCCCUUUCGAAAACAAUUGAACAAAUGUCCUGACCAGGAUAACCCAGGCAAGCCUGAUCUCGUCAGAUCUCGGAAGCUAAACAGGGUCGACUCUGGCAAGUACAUGGGGGACCUCCAAGGAAUACUAGGUCUGGGAUGCAGAGGCAGGCAAUACAAGCCACCUCUGAAUAAUGUCCUACUAGGGGCCGCCAGACGUCACCAUGACUUUCAGGCAUGCAAGCGUGUGAGCGCAUGCGUGCACGCACACACACUUUAAAAAUAUUUUUUAAAAUAAAAACAUUGAGCAAA